AUAUAAUCUAUGUAUUUCGUUUUGAGCGUACGUUCAAUUUGACACUUUUGCGGUCCAUCUCUAGCGGAAAGUAUAUCUGCAGCGUAUGAGAUCAAAGGGACAUUCCAUUUGAUGUUAGCAACGCUCGCAAUAUCAUUUCAUCCUUGUUCUUUGUCGAGAGUUAAACAAAGACAGAUAAUACUCGCGAGCGAUGCGAACGGUAAGUGGAAUGUGUCUUAAAAGGAACAGACCCGUCAAAGUGCAAAAUGACACAAUUGCAAGAUUGCAACAUUACGUCAGAUAUCAGAUGAGGAGAAAUAUUAAUCUUCCUUGUCGAGACGAGUGGCACACAUAAUGUUACAACUGAAUCAAUUUCUGUAUAAGGUUAUACGUGGAUUCGUAGAAUGUGCAUGUGUGACAUACUGCGUUUACGAAUAUAUAGGGGACAUUGUCGUGUGCAGUGGUCCAUCCAUGGAGCCUACAUUAUAUACUAACGAUGUAUUAAUUAUGGAACGAAUAUCAGUGAGAUUACAAAAGCUCAAGAAAGGAGACAUUGUCAUUUCCAAAUGUCCCAACAAUCCAAAACAAAAUAUAUGCAAGCGUAUUGUAGGCUUGCCUGGCGACAAUAUAAGGAAUGGUCUGAAUAUAACAACGAUACCUUAUGGAUAUGUUUGGUUAGAAGGUGAUAACAGUAAUAAUUCUACAGAUUCACGAUCGUAUGGGCCAGUGUCUCACGCAUUAUUGCGUGGGCGAGCUUUAUGUAAAAUAUUUCCCUUAAGAGAAAUCACUAUGUUCACAACAAAAUGUGUGACCUAAAUUACUCAUGUAUGGAAAAAUAUUUUCAUUAAUUAAGAAUUAUGGAAGAAAUAAUUAUGGAAUAAUCUUUUUGAUUAGUUAGAUUAACUUGUAAGAAAAUAAAAUUCCUUGUA